AUGUUUCGUCGUACUCUGUUGAUUGUAUUAUUAUUUCUAUUUUGUAUUCUUUUUACUAUAACGAAUAGCAAAAGUCAAUGUUCAUGUUCAUGUUGCAAAGGCAAUCGAUGCAUUAAACGAUAUCAAGGUUCAGUUAGUUUACCAACGUGCUCAGCUAAAACUUGUAAACAUGCUUGUAAAAUUCGUUAUCCUGGUCAAUGUAGUGGAUCACCUGGUUCUCUAUUGGCGACAUGUAUUAAAUCAAAAUCACCCGCUCGAUCAUCACUUGUACAGCGGAUGAAAUCAAAAGUUAAACCAUCAUCAAAAACUCAUUCAUAUCGUCGGCCAUAUUAG